GAUUUUGUCUCUACAAUUAUCCGUUUACUGGACAGCCCCUCGACAUCCAUCAGAGCAAAAUCCUUCCUGGUUCUUCUGUAUAUUUUGAUUCAUAACCACGAGAUGCUGCUGCUCAGCUGCCAAGCACGACUGGUGAUGUACAUCGAGAGAGACAGCAGAAAGACCACUUCAGGCAAGGAACAGCAGAGCGGCAAUGAGUACCUGUCCAAAUGCCUGGACCUGCUCAUCUGUCACAUCGUGCAGGAACUGCCACGAAUCCUGGGUGACAUUCUGAACGCCUUGGCUAACGUUUCUGGUCGUAAACACCCAUCCACAGUUCAAGCGAAGCAGCUGAAGAUGUGUCUCCCCCUCAUGCCUAUAGUGCUUCACCUCGUAACGUCUCAGGUAUUUCGACCUCAAGUUGUAACAGAAGAGUUCCUUUUCAGUUACGGAACUAUUCUUAGUCAUAUUAAAUCAGUAGACUCAGGAGAAACUAACAUAGAUGGAGCCGUAGGACUGAUGGCAUCAGAAGAAUUUAUCAAGAUCACCCUGUCAACUUUUGAAGCAGUGAUACAGUAUCCUGUUUUAUUGAAAGACUAUUGCUCUACGGUGGUUGAUUGUAUCCUGCCACCCUUGGUCUCCUUGGUUCAAAGCGGGAAUGUGGAGUGGAGACUCUUCAGCUUGCGGCUGCUGUCAGAAACCACAUCUCUGCUCAUGAACCAGGAGGUUGGUGAUGGCAAGAAGGAGGCGAAUGUCGAUUCUGACAGCAAUCUUCUGGCCCUCAUUAGAGAUGUCUUACUUCCCCAGUACGAGCACAUCCUCACGGAGCCUGACCCCGUACCAGCAUAUGCUCUGAAGCUGCUAGUUGCCAUGACUGAACACAACCCAACUUUUACCAGACUUGUGGAAGAAAGCAAACUGAUCCCACGCAUUUUUGAUGUAAUUCUGGAACAUCAGGCGAACUUUCUGGGUAACACCAUGCAAAGUGUGGUUGCAUUGCUCAACAAUCUGGUCACCUGCAAAGACUUGAAUAUGAAGCUACUUUAUGAACAAGGACUGGUCCAUCACGUCUGUAACCUGUUCACUGAAACUGCCACACUGUGCUUGGAUGUGGACAAUAAAAACAACCACGAGAUGGCAGCCGCUCUGCUAUUUUCCCUGCUUGAUAUUUUGCACAGCAUGCUGACCUAUACCUCGGGGGUCGUGCGACUGGCUCUGCAGGCACAGAAGUCCGGCUCUGGAGGGAACACUCAGGCCGCAGAAGACCUGCUGCUGCUCGGCAAGCCUCUGACAGACCUUAUCAGCCUGCUCAUCCCGCUGCUUCCUAACGAGGAUCCUGAAAUUUUUGAAGUUUCAUCCAAGUGUCUGUCUAUACUGGUUCAGUUGUAUGGAGGAGAAAACCCAGACAGCCUGUCUCCCGAAAAUGCAGAGAAUUUUGCUGAUUUACUGACGUCCAAAGAGGACCCGAAGGAGCAGAAGCUUCUGUUGAGGAUUCUCAGAAGAAUGAUCACCUCCAAUGAGAAGCACCUGGAGAGCCUCAAGAAUUCGGGCAGCCUCCUGCGGGCUCUGGAGUGGCUGGCUCCGGCUCCGGCUGCGGGUUCGUCGGCCAGCAGUGCAGUGGCUUCCUUGGCCCUGGAGAUCCUCCAAGCUGCUGGACACUAG